ACUCUGGGCGUUAGGGAUGAAGUAGUCUUCAGGUUGCAGAUUGUUUGCAGUUGCAGUGGACGACUGGAGCAGCAGCACACGUGUUACAAUGGACAGAGAAGCAGAAGGAGAUGCGACUCAGCCUCCAGCACACCACAAAGACAGUGACAGGAUCGACCACUACGGCUUUGAAAGGGGUCAUGACUUUGAGUCCUAUAAAGAGAUGAUGAAUGAGUACGUGGCUGUCCUCAACAGAAGGUCAAUGAGGUGGUCCAAGCUCCUCCAAGACAAACCAAACAUGGAUAAGAACCUGACUGUGAAAAGAUAUGUGCGUAAAGGUGUACCUAAUGAGCACCGAGCCAGGAUUUGGAUGGCAGCGAGUGGUGCUCAGGAACAAAUGGAGAGUAAGCCAGGUUAUUACCAGUCUUUAUUAGCGAUGGAGCAUGAUGCCAAGCUGAAGGAGACCAUUCACACAGAUAUGCACCGGACCUUUCCUGACAACAUCCUCUUCAAGAGCCGAGUGGAGGAGGGCCUGCAGAAGGAUUUGUUCAAUGUGCUGCUGGCAUACGGACACCACAACCAGGCCGUUGGCUACUGUCAGGGGAUGAACUUUAUUGCAGGCUACCUCAUCAUCAUCACUAAAGAUGAGGAGAAAUCCUUUUGGCUUAUGGAUGCGUUGCUGGGCAGAAUACUUCCAGACUACUACAGCCCAGCCAUGCUGGGUUUUAAGACGGACCAGGAGGUUCUGGGGGAGCUGGUCAAGGCCAGAGCCCCUGCAGUGGGCCAGCUCAUGGCCCAGUAUCCAGGCAUAUGGACACUGGUGGUGUCACGCUGGUUCAUCUGCCUCUACAUCGACAUCCUCCCAAUAGAGACAGUUCUGAGGAUCUGGGACUGCCUUUUCUACGAGGGCUCCAAGGUUCUUUUCCGAGUUGCUCUGACUCUCAUCCUCCACCACCAGACGGAGAUCCUGAGAGCACGCUCACUGCCUGACGUGUGCGAGUGCUUUAAGCAGAUGACAUGUGGAUCUUUCACUCUCGACUGCCAUACCUUCAUGCAGAAAAUAUUCACAGAACCUGGGAGCUUGUCAAUGACGACUAUUGAUAAACUGAGAGAGAAAUGCAGAAGACAAAUCCUGGAGGAGGAAUCGAGACAACCAUGAAGUUUAGUAUCUUCUUUUUUUUUACCAGUAGAAAUUAUAAAACAAUCUGUGCAAACCUGAGUGAGCACCAGGAGCAUCUGAAAGGGAUAAAACAGUCCUGCCUGCUGCUGAUUUUUUUUUAGCAGAGCUUUUAGUUGAUUUCUGAUACUCUAAGUAACAUAGAUUUAUUACAAUGACAUUCAGCAGCCUGGGGAUAGACUUUCUGAGUCUUUUUUUUUUUGUCUUCUUGUCAGAAAAACUUUUCUGCUUUUCAUAAAAUGACGUUUAUUUUGUUAUUUGAAAAAAGUAUCAGAACCCCUGAUUUUAUUUUAGUCAUUGUAUUAUAACCACAUGGACAUUAAAAUAUUCAGAUUUAUUUUGUUACCAUGAUGAUUUUUGGUGUUUGUCUCUAGAGGUGAACUGAAGUAAAAUUGUGCAGCUCGACUUCGGUGAGAAGACUUUAUAUGUUUCAGCUGUUAUUGAAAACUGAAGAGAGCACCUGUGGUGUCUGAUUUAGCUGACUUUGAAAGAAAGAAAGUGAAUUUGCAAUAAACGUUUGUGUUACAUGAGCGGCUUUAAGCUAGAAACACCUUUCGCCACAUUGAAAAAAAAAAUCCAUCUCAGUAAAUCAACCUGCUGAUUUCUGAACUCAGACAAGCUGUGUUUAACUCUUUAGGUCCAGUUACAAACACGACUUCCACUAAGAGCUGCUGAUUGCAUUCUUUGCUGACUUUAAUUAACAUCAAAUAAUGGAGGCUCAAAAACUCAUUUUAAAGGCCUGAUUCUACUAGAC